GUAAUCGUCUGUGAAGCAGAGAGAGUAGAGGAAGUAAAGAAGUCUAGAAGGGAAAGGUUUUGUUUUUUCGAUCCCAGCGGCAGAAAAAUAGUAGAGGAGAAGAAAGGAAGGUCCGCCAUGGCCAGAUCGACGAGCAAGGACGCCCAAGCUCUUUUCCAGUCUCUUCGUUCUGCUUAUGCUGCCACACCCACUAACCUCAAGAUCAUCGAUCUCUAUGUGGUUUUUGCUGUCCUCACAGCUGCAAUCCAGAUUGUCUACAUGGCUAUUGUUGGAUCAUUCCCUUUCAACUCUUUUCUAUCUGGAGUUCUUUCUUGUAUUGGAACUGCAGUUCUUGCUGUUUGUCUCCGUAUCCAAGUAAACAAAGAUAACAAGGAAUUCAAGGAUUUACCACCGGAGAGAGCUUUUGCGGAUUUUGUUCUUUGCAACUUGGUGCUCCAUUUGGUUAUAAUGAAUUUCCUAGGCUAAACAAGGCAUCUUUCGAUGUGCUAUAUUUUGAUUUCUAUGGAGUUUAGAACUUUUGAGAAUGAGACGACCACAAGUAGUUGUAUGCCUUUGAUGCGGCAUUUUUUUAAUGGAUACACCUAAUGAUAUAUGAAACAUGUUUAUUCGACUGAA